AUGAGCGGAGAAAACUACUACGCUCGCCAGCGGGUGGCCAGCCGCCAGGUGGACCAGCGGGCCGCUCUGUUCGGCAGCAGGGGGAACGCGCCACCCAGAGGCAGCAAGGCCGACCACAGUGCGGACAGGGAAGCGCUAGAGCGGCAGAACGAUGCCGAGAUCGGCGCCCUGGCCGGCAAGGUGGAGCGGCUGGGCGACAUCGCCAGAGGUAUCGGCAAGCAAGUGAAAGACUCGAACUCCCUGCUGGGGGGCAUGGCCGGGGAAUUGGACAAGGCCGGGACCCUAUUGAAGGGCACCAUGAACCAACUCAAGGUGAUGAUGCAGCAAAGGAGCGGGAAGCACAUGUGUUACAUGGUGGCGUUUGUGCUCGUGCUCUUCUUCCUGAUGUACCUCUUGAGAGGCAUGGGGAAACGGCUCGGCGGCGGCGGCGCGCCCGCGCCCUUGGAGAUUGUGCAGAACGACACGGCCGGGUGA